AUUGGUAAGGAAUAAAGUGGAAAGUUUGAUUAGGAAGCUUUGUAUUCCCGAAAAAGAAAAAAAAGAAAAGAAAAGGAUUAGUAAGGUUUCGGUAUCAUAGCAUCACCAAUAAGCACAUGGGUGUGUGUGAAGGACCAAUCCCAUCUCUCAAUUUUUCUCCAACCUCUCAUCUCUUCCUAAAUCUUUCCUUUAGAUCCUCCCUUCAAUCCCACCCUCCACGCGUCCUCAUCUCUGAAUCCCCCUCUCCACCCACACUUCAUCUCACGCGCCUCCCUCCACAAAUAUCUCAUCUCCAUCAAGUAUCCCACACGCUCCAUCAAUCGCGUGGAGUAACGCAAUCGGUUAUAACUUUAGUUUCACCUCUCUAAUAACAAAAUACCACGUGUUACCAUUCUCGAACCUACCGCAUAAAAAGAAAAUAAAAUAAACAAAAUUAAGAAAAAGGAAGCCUUCCCACUUCACGCUUCCCCCAAGACCAGCCACGUGUGCCCCACCUUUCGGCAGUGCUUGACACUCCCUCACUUCUUAUUGGUCCACUCUGGUCCCCACUCCCAAAAACAGAAUCCAAUUACUACCAGAUUUUGCAUCUUUCCUUCUCCGGCCCCACUCUCUAUAAAACAUAAUUCAACCAAUUAACGUCCCGUCACUGUUUCCGUUACCUAGCCCUAGAGCCACGUGUCCUUCUUUCUUCUUUCUUUCUUUCUUUCUUUCUUUUUUUCUUUCUUUUUUUCUUUUUUUUUCCUUUUGCGCUUUUCUUUUGCUGUUUCUUUCUUCUAUCUUUCUAAUCUCUAUGAUCAUCUUCACCACUUUCUCUCUCUCCCCUCUCUCCCAAAAUGGAAACGAAAACGCUACCUCUUCUUAAUUAGGAUUUUGGAAAUCGGUUUUGUUUUCUUCUGUUCCUUAUGGAUGGUGGUGAAGCAGCGUCCACGCGGCGGAUGAUCGGAUCUUGUACUGGUGGAAGUAAUUGUAAGCCGAUUUUGAAUCCGAUAAUGAUGAGAUUCCGACCGAUUGCUCCCAAGCCACUCCCCGGCGGAUCUGUUCCAUCGUCGUUAGACAGUAAGAACAACAACUCAUCGAUUUCCAAAGGAAGAACGAAAAGGAAGUACGUUAGGGUUAGAAGAUAUAACAGAAAAAAGAAAACUACUACACGAAACAACAACAGUACAACCGAGGACGGAGAGUUGAUGGAUCACGAUCAAACCGCCGUGACGACACUACAACUACUACCGGUCAUCGGCGGCGGUGGUGGAUCUGAGAAUAAAACAGAAACGGGAAGAAGGAUGAUGGAGAAAGAGAUGAGAUUAGUAUCAGAUCCAAAAGGUGGAGUAGGGGUGGAAUUGUGGGUGACGGUAGAAUGCGUGAGAGACGCAUGCAUGGAUCUAGAACUGAGAGAGGGAGAGAUAGGGUGUACGGAUGAGGAGAGGAUAAAGAAUUUAGAGAUGGACACGUGUCCAGGGUUUGUAUCGGACGGUAUGAAUAGAGUAGAGUGGUUGAACAAGGCAUUUAAGAGGAUGGUGUGGCAAAGGGAAAGGAAUAAUAAGGAUAGUAAGAGUAAGAAGAAGAAGAAGGAGGAGGAGGAGGGAGGUAAGGGUGAGUGCGACUGCGACUGCGACUGUGAGUCACCGGCAGAAGUAAGUGUAUGGUUAAUAUCAAAACCCAAAUUACCAAAUAUGAGGAGAGUGUUUACGUGCCAAAUAAAGCUGCAGUUCAAAAGAGGUACGGAAAUGGAGAAGGACUCGAGAGUUGUGCCGUGCGAUGCGUGGAGAAUGGACGGUGGAGGAUUUGCAUGGAAAUUAGACGUCAAAGCUGCUCUCACUUUAGCUCCUUUGCUUCAAGAAGAUUUUGAUUGAUCCAUCCAUCCAUCCAUCACUUCAUAUUUCAAUUUCAGGUAAGAUGGGAGUUUGGGAGUAUGGAAGUGUAAAUAAAAUAGAAGAUUAAAUAUGUAAUAAAGGAGGGGGUACGGUGUAGUAGAGUGUGCAUGUGCAUUAUGGGUCGUCACCAAGUAACCAAGCAGAUACACUUGGAUGGAAUGAUCGCUCAAUGCAAACAGAAAUAUGAAACAUAACUUAUAAAUUAUUACUACUCUAUAUACUAUCUAAUAGGUCAAGUUGCACUACAUAAAUUCACAAAUAAAAGAAAAAGAAUGUAAGAUGUAUAAAUAUGGUGAACUUUGGAGCAACAUGAACCACAUUUUCCUGUUUCUAUAUGUAUAUAGGACAAUGUAUUAUUAUUUUCAGAAUUUUCUUUUACUUGAAAAUUGAUGAGACUAUUUUGAUCCACAA